AUUGUGUCAGAUAUAUAGGAAACGAUGAAACCGGCGAACAAUGGUGACCAAAUCGGGCGCUUUGAAAGGAACGACCCAAGACUUAUGCUAAGACAUUUCAACUCAAGCGGGCGAUAGAUUUGGCGCUGGUGAACAGCGAAGGGUGGACUCGCAAAUACGGAACUUCUUUACAGUAAUUUCCUGUUCGCGGGAUCACGCCGAAUAUCAAAUUUAAGACAAACUAAAUUUAAGCGGGGGUGAAUAAUUCAAAGACUUUUUCGAUAUUCUUCCUCUUGUCGUCUUUUAAAGCUUGCUCGUAAGGCAAGCUAGACGGAAAUACACUUAGAAAAUGCCUCCCGUCGAAAAUGACACCGGGAGGAACGAACUCAGAUCCCGAAUACAGGGACUUAUCGAUUCCAAUCAAGUGAUGGUGUUCAGCAAAAGUUACUGUCCGUAUUGUGUCAAGGUGAAAGAUCUGUUCCAAGAGCUGAACGUCAAGUGCAAUGUGGUGGAAUUGGAUUUGAUCGAGGAUGGAUCCAGCUACCAGGAAUUGCUUCUUGAGAUGACCGGGCAGAAAACCGUUCCCAGUGUCUUUGUCAAUAAGACGCACAUUGGGGGCUGUGAUAAGACAAUGCAGGCUCAUAAAGACGGUGUGCUGCAGCAGAUGCUGAAUGGAAAGAAUGAGGUGUACGACUACGAUCUCAUUGUCAUCGGUGGAGGCUCUGGAGGCCUGGCUUGCUCAAAGGAAGCGGCUAAUAUGGGGAAGAAGGUUAUGGUAUUGGACUAUGUCGUGCCUACACCAAAAGGAACCACAUGGGGUCUUGGUGGAACCUGUGUAAAUGUGGGCUGCAUACCCAAGAAGCUGAUGCACCAAACAGCCUUGCUGGGCACGGCCCUGCAGGAUGCUAGAGCAUUUGGCUGGGAGUUUGAGGAGACAGUGAAGCACAACUGGGAAACGAUGAAAACUGCUGUGAACAACUACAUUGGCUCACUGAACUGGGGAUAUAGGGUGGCGCUGAGAGACAAGAAUGUCAACUACGUCAACUCCUAUGCAGAGUUUAUCGAGCCACACAAAAUUAAGGCGACAAACAAGCGUGGGAAAGAGGCCUUCUACACAGCAGCCAAGUUUGUCCUGGCCACGGGAGAGAGGCCGCGCUACCUUGGCAUCCCUGGAGACAAAGAGUACUGCAUCACCAGCGAUGACCUGUUUUCCCUUCCCUACUGUCCGGGGAAGACUCUCGUGAUCGGGGCAUCCUAUGUGGCCUUGGAGUGUGGUGGCUUCCUGGCAGGCCUAGGUCUGGACGUAACCGUCAUGGUCAGGUCCAUUCUACUUAGGGGCUUUGACCAAGACAUGGCUAACCGUGCUGGUGAGCACAUGGAAGAACACGGCAUCAAGUUCCUUCGCAAAUACGUCCCUAUAAAGGUAGAGGAGCUAGAAGCAGGCACUCCCGGCAGGCUGAAGGUGACAGCUAAGUCCACAGAGAGCGAUGAGCUCAUCGAGGGAGAAUACAGCACUGUGCUGAUAGCAGUUGGUCGAGAUGCAUGCACAGACAAGCUUGGCCUUGACAAAGCAGGGGUCAAAGUCAACCCCAAGAAUGGAAAAAUCCCAGUCAACGACGAGGAGCAGACCAGUGUGUCUCACAUCUAUGCCAUCGGGGACAUCCUGGAGGGCAAGUGGGAGCUGACGCCUGUAGCCAUCCAGGCUGGCAAACUGCUGGCGCGACGGCUCUAUGGGGGCUCAACAGUUAAGUGCGACUACAUCAACGUCCCCACCACUGUUUUCACCCCUCUUGAAUACGGCUCCUGCGGCUUAUCAGAGGACAGAGCUAUUGAGCUUUACGGGCAAGGCAACAUUGAGGUGUUCCACAGCCUGUUUUGGCCCCUGGAGUUCACGGUGCCCAACAGGGACAACAACAGAUGCUAUUCCAAACUCAUCUGCAAUAAGCUGGACAAUGAUCGAGUGAUCGGCUUCCACUACCUGGGACCAAAUGCUGGUGAGGUAACACAAGGCUUUGGUGCUGCAAUCAAGUGUGGUGCCACCAAAGAGCAGCUGGAUAACACCAUUGGCAUUCACCCUACCUGUGCUGAGAUCUUUACCACUUUGGAGGUGACGAAGAGCUCCGGUGGAGACAUCACCCAGUCCGGCUGCUGAGGUUAAACCCUGCUCGUUUAGCGGGCUGCUCUCACCUUAAAUUUCUCUUCCAUCGAGUCUCGUCAUAGUUCUGAGCCAGCCACAGGCCUCACUAGCUUAUUUACAGGCCUUUUAUUUUUAUUUUUUAUUUCUCAGGAAACUUGUGCACCAGGGCCAGAGUUGAAUCAGUGAAACCUUGUGGGAUGGAAUUUGCAUAUUUAGAAUGAAUAUGUGCUCAGUUUGAACCAGAAUGCACCUUGGGGGCUGUGCGGUUCAGAACUAGGUGACCGAAAAUGAGGCCAGAGUCAUGUGUGUGUGUCAGUGGCUCUGGCAAAUCUCAGUUGACUCUGUGAGAGCAGUCUGUUGAACAGCGGGGUUACUCCGUUUAUAUCUCCACUGGGCGCCUUCAGCGUGUCAUUGUCAGGGGAGCACCACUAGACAACUACAGCUCUGUGUGUGCUAUUUGUGAUGUCCUGACCCGUAGCCUUCAUACUGAGGUGGGCAAGGAUUGAUGUCCCUAUGCAGAGUCGCCUGAAGUAGCCCUAACUCUUCGUCCAACACCCCGAUUUAAGACACUUAUCAGCUCAUGGUAUACAGAAACACGUGCACAUUAUAAACUCCUUAAAGCAGAUGUAAAUUGGCACAUAGCCAGGGUUUAGAUUGAUGCAUUGAUCUGAACUGUCCAGCUCAUGUUGUAAACACUAGGUUAUUUAAUGUGUACAAGUAUAUUCAUGGAAUCAAACCCCUUCCUGUCCAGGCCUUAAGAUCCAAGCCACUAUUCCUCUUGGUACAUGUUUAAGAUGAAACCUGAGUAUAUAUUAGGGCAUUGAAGUAUAUAUUGCCAUCAAAAUCUUGUCAUUGUUGUGAGGACACAACUCUCAUCGUAAACUGACCAAGAAAGACCAUGCUGGAGAAACAUGCAUCCAAAUUUUUAUAACAUGUAGUAUGUUCUGCUUGAGAGUGCUCAAAAACUAGAAUUGGAUGGAAGUGCAUCCCAAAUCAUACUUUAUAGUUGUCCAAAAUGUUUUCAUGAGUUUCAGAGUUAAGUUAAUACUUGUUUUAUCUUGCUGCUUUUCUCUGCAUUAUGUGUAUGUAAAGGAUGGAACAGUCUUCUAGGAGAGUAUUCCACUGACUACUGCAGUGAUGGACAUUGGUCAUAUGUAUAAACGAUUGCUUCACAGGUAUAACUAUUUGUAGAUUAAUUCUCUAUCAAGACUUAAUAAAGGAUGUGUACACAUGAUUUUCUUUUUUUGUUCUCUAUUGCUGUUUGUUUGCACAUGGUAAAAGUAACUGUAAAAGUUGUAGCCUUUUCAGUAAACGGAGCUCCCCAAGGUUGAUACCACAUAGUCGUGGGUUGUAUUGUGAGAGGAGAAUAAACUUUGUGCAACUUUU